AUGACCUCUGCAUGGCUCCCCUGGUCGACCCAGCGCCUUCACACUGCCGUGAGAAGCGAAGCAAAAUGGGGCUACGUUAUCUACCGUACAACGUACACUCCCAAGUCCGACAUCUUCUUCCCAAAGAUCAUUAAAUUAUUGAACGACAACAUCAAGCACGAGCUUUUUGCAGAAUGCGGCUUGACAAAGAAGCACAGGGCACAGAAUGCGAAGCAUACUGCAUGCAAUGAGAUCUGGACCCAUCAUCUUCCAAUCCUGAUGGAGAAUCAGACACAGUUUGACAAUGCGUCCAUAGACUCCGUUCAAACCCAUUUCCAUUCUUGGGUGCAUGAUAUGCAGCAAAAAGAUCAGAAUAUCCUAUAUCCAAUGUGCAUAGUGAUUGACGAGGAAUCACUACAGGAAUUCAUGGGCGCUUCGUCUGCAGAUGAGCAUUUGGAGGAUGGGAGACUCAAUCAGCCAUUACGCUAUGUCAAAGUAUUAAAAGCAUUUCCGACAGCUGACAGCGACGAUAUCUACGAUGCUUUCAUGGGCGGAGAAUUUCCAGCGGAAAAAUCAGACAGCAUGGGAAUGCUGAGGAGUCGAGGGGGAAAAGAGGACGCAGUGGUAUCGGAAUCAGAUGAUGAUGAAUACGACGGGUUUCUGGGUGGAUGA